AUGGCUAAGACAAGCCAAGACCCCGCCACAGUGUGUGCUGAGCAUAUAGCUCUCAGCUCCUUCUUUUAUCAGGUUCCUGCCCCAGUCGUCCGAAAUGAAAUUAAUCAGUCGUCAGUCGAGCAAGGAAAUUAUGUUUUGCCUUUUUCAAAAGAGCGUGGGCUAACCGAAGUUCUUGCAUUCCUGGCAAAAACUAAGGAUGGAUGGGAUCAUAUACCUGCAGUUUGUGUAGAGCAAAACUCACCUGGAACAAAUUUGAAUGUCAUCCUAGCAAUCAACAAAAGAACCUAUGCUGAUGGAGAUGACCUUCUACAAAAGAUGAAAAGCAGGUUUGAAGAAAUUUUCCACGUACUUCAUGAUUCAAAAUAUGAAGUUGUAGAGAAAUCUGAGGUCCAAAGGGAGAUUUUUGCGUCAGUCAUCUCAAUGUGCUCACCGCGGGUACUAUGCCGGUUACGACUCGAGCGGAAGGCAAAUAAGAGGCCCGUUCAAGAUCUACUGCAGGAGGCCAUAUUUAGUAUUCGACGGAUUGAUUCUCAGAAACUUCACGGCAAAGGCUUAUCACUUACAUCCUCAUCAUUCAUCUCAGAGGCGAACAAGGUCAUACAACUAGUUGAUCGAUGGAUGAGGCACCAAAAUUCGGAUGAGCUGGGUGAUCUUGUGGAAGGAAUACAUCACUUGCAACAAACAGCACCACGCUUUUACGAUUUACUAGAUCUUAUCUCGAAUCAUGACAUGGAUCCGUGCUCAAGAUCCAGUUUAUUGAACAUCAUCAGAAAGGUCUCAAGAUACUGGGGAGCCGCCGGACAACUGUAUCGAACAGCAAAGGAAUUUCCACUGGUCCGUAAUAUGAAAAUUCAACUAGCAAGCCUACCCCAAAAGGCAUUCGAAAGUCAAACAAAUUCCAGCGAGCUUUCUGAACUAUCUUCAUGUUUAUCCAGGCAUGGAUUCGCUAAAGGGCAAAAACAUAGUUUGUCUCAAUUGUGCCGCAAUUUGAGAAUUGAUGAAAAGGCUGCUCAAGCCAGGUAUGAAGGAGCCCAAAAGGCUCUUUCAGCACCCAAAAUCCACGCAGAAAUUCAAAUCAUCGCUUUUUGCGAACUACAAGCCCUUAAUUUGUUUCCACGAGUGGUUAGUUCAAGCAAAGACGCUUGCUUUCUCUGCAACACUUUCAUUCAACUAUACGAACGAAUGCAUACCCCGAGAGCCCAUAAUCGGCUUUAUCCCGGCUGGAGGCUCCCGAGUCUGCCACAAUUUAGAGUCAUUCAGCAGAGACUCAAUAAAAGUCUUAUUGAAAGUCUUCAGCACAAUGUUUCAUUAGGUUUGGCUCAGGGGAAGCUGUCUGUUCAUCCGUGUCCUAAUGAAAGCAAUAUUCUUACCUCAUCGGCUUCGGGAACAACGAUGAGUAUGCCAGAGCCGGUGUCAGAGAGCCCAGAAGGACAUAUUUCUUCAAUUGCCCCGUCGUCUUUUACUUUGUCCGAUGAUCCACCUAAAUGUGGCCCUUCAUUGUCAAUCAGCCGACUUUCAAGCAAUGAGACUGCAUCCGGUAAUUCCAUUGAUACCGUUUACCUGCUUGAGGGAGAACCAGUCUACAAUUUU